AUGGGGUGCCGCGCCUGCAACGGCUGUGUGACCGACUCGGGGCCACCUGAGCAGGACCGGACCAGCCGGAUCGGGCUGAAGAAAUGCAUGAUGCAGUUCGGGGACGUAGAUGCUUGCCACAUGGGAGACCGAGCAGUCAUGGGCGACCGGUUCACGGAAUUUCCCAUUGUGCGCUUCAAGUCGCAAGGCGCCGCGGACGCCGCGAUCAAGGCGCUGAAGGGCGGAGAGGUGAUCCUGGACGGCUUCCGUCUCAACGGCGUGCUGCGCGGGGGCGGCGGCCAGGCCGUGCGCCAGCGGAAGGGUCGCGAGGGAGCCCCGGUGGGCGCCCCCUUCGAGGAGGUGUCGAGCCGGGACCUGUUCGACCCCAGGCUGGCGCGAUGA